AUGUUGUUAGGGAUUAGGUGGAGUUGGCUGCUUGUGGUUCUAAUCUAUGGGUCAGGCUUUAGCAGUGCCUUGGUUAGACAUCGGCGCCAGCCAGACACUCGGUGGAGGAAUUAUCAGCCUGGAUGGGGAUCUUCUAGAACUGUAUCUGCAGUAGGUUCUCCUAGGGGAAAUUCUUUGCCUGCAGUUUCUGGAAUUGGGUCUCUGAGAGGUUCUGGUCCUGUGUCUGGAUGGGGUCGCAUGUAUCCUGGAGUAGGUUAUCAGUCCAGACAGCUUACACAGCCCCCACCGAUUAUGCUGAACCCAUCGUCCCCUGUCAGAGUGCAGUGUGCUGAGGACAGUAUGGUGGUGACUGUAGAGAGAGACUUCUAUGGUAAUGGUAGGCUGGUGAAUCCUUCAGACCUGGUCCUGGGGACCUGCACAGCUGGAUCUCAGACUUCAGUUACUACUGUAGUCUUUCAAAUUGCUCUUCAAGAAUGUGGAAGCAAACUAGAGAUGACUUCAGAUGAGCUUAUCUACACUUUCAACUUGGCUUAUACCCCCACCACCUCCAGCAAUGUGCCCAUCAUCAGGUCCAGUCCUGCAGUAGUUCCCAUCUAUUGUUACUACCCACGAUUUGGUAAUGUAAGCAGCAAAGCCAUUGAGCCGACAUGGGCUCCCUUCAAAACCACAAUGAGCUCUGAAGAGAGGUUGUCUUUCUCCUUGCGUCUCAUGACUGAGGACUGGAGUGCUCCUCGUCAAUCACUGGUCUUUCAGCUUGGUGAGAUCUUCUACAUGGAGGCCUCUGUGAACACUGAGAACCACGUCCCGAUGAUGGUGUUUGUUGAUAGCUGUGUUGCCACCCUUACUCCAGAUGUGAACUCCAAUCCUAGCUAUGAAAUCAUUGCUUAUAAUGGGUGUCUAAUGGAUGGGAUGCUACAAGAUGCCUCUUCAGCCUUUGUUUCUCCAAGACCUGAACCAGACAAGCUUCAAUUCACGGUUGAUGCCUUCAAGUUCAUCAACAGUGACCUUUCCUUGAUCUACAUCACCUGCUUUUUGAGAGCUGCUGACAUCAACCAGAAACCUGAUUCAAUGAACAAGGCCUGCUCCUACAACAAGGCUACCAGCAGUUGGUCCCCUGUGGAAGGUCCCAGUGAGAUCUGUCAGUGCUGCAACACUGGGAACUGUGCUACAGUUAGCAGUCGGAGAACAGCAUGGGGCUCACAACCUGCAGGGUCAAGAGGAAUUGGGAAGAGAGAUGUUGGUUCUCAUCUAGAGAAGCACACUCUGGCCACAUUGGGUCCUCUUCUAGUGACUGGAUCAAAGCCUAACCAGGUCUCCGGGGCAGGAAUUGCACAAGCUUCCACAAUGGGUGCAGGAGAAGAACCUCUACAGUUUUGGGUGCUGGUGGCCAUUGGCGCAGUCACUUCAGUAGUUGUUGCUUUUGCUCUUACUAUGGCUGGAAAAUGUCUUCUAAAAAAAUGUUCUCUCAAAUAA